AUGGACACCAAUCAAAGCACGCCUUCGUUAAUUGGUACCUCGAUUAGAGGAGCCAUUGACACCCCAGACCGGGAAUUGUUUGAUAAGGAACCUCCAUCAGGAACCCUGUCACCUUCCAAGACUCGUCACUCAAAGAGUCUGACAGGCACUCUGUCUCCUUCAUAUGUUACUGUCAAUCAACUCAAAGAGGGAGGUGCUCUUUUGAACGAUGGUUAUACCGAACAGCUGAAUUCUGUCAUGGAUGGAGAGGGGCAUAUCAAAGAAGACGCGUUGGACUUGAAACAGAAACUGUAUCGAAACAAGGACGCCCAGAAUGUGUCUCGAGCUAAACUUGUCAGUCUCUCUGAAAUCAGCGCUAAUGAAGAGAAAUAUAAUCAGGAGUUUUAUGAUCCUGAAAUGCGUUAUGCUGCUCCAGCAUGCUCGUUAAGUGGGUCUCGAUCCAGAGCAAUGGAGUCAGACGAUAUAGAUAAGGACAAGGAAAGUCUCAUCUCGCGUGAAGCAACACCGAUGAAGUUUGAAUUAACUAAUUUUGAUUCGUCUUCUAGUCUGAGGCUAGGUGCUGGUGCAAGUAGACCACAUCUAGCCCGGGGAGACUCCUAUCAACAAGUUCAUCCAAGUGACUUCGGUCACAACGAAAGACUUCCCCGACAUGAGAGGACUCAGUCAUCAGUUUCCUCUUCCUCAAUUAACUAUUUGCGUUCACUUUCUAGAUCUAGAUCUAGAUUGAAUAGAUCUGCUCAUGGAGAUAUUGCCACCCAAGAGGAAUUGAAGGAGGAGGGUGUGUUGACAAAUGACCAAUACUCACCAAUGCCUGAAUUAACAGAGGCAGUCGAUGAAGCACUAAAACCGGUUGAUGGGCAUGUGGAUAUAGAAGAUGAGGAUGAGAAUGAGGGUUCUGAAAGUGAUGAUCAAACGGAGGAAGAAACGGAGAAAGCCAGCCUACAGGAAGGUGAGCCGGAACUAGGCGACCAAAAAGGGACUAAUCCUGUAAAAGACGAAAAUCCUGCAUCGAAGACUGGAACGUUUUUCUUGGAAGAGAGUAGUUCAGAGAGCACUCAAGUAGCAGACAGUUCCUCCAAGGCAACAGAGGCUAAGAAAGAGGAUGUUGCUGGAUCUGAAACGAAAGUUGCGCCUUCUGAUCAAAUUUCAGACAAACAACCUUCAGAGAUUUUUAAAACCACUGAUGCCACAUCGGAGGCGGUGGCAGAGGAAACUAAGCAUAUCAGUGAAUCUAAAGUAACUUCCACAGACGACUUGGAUGACCUCAUGAAUGAGUUGGAAUUAGAAAUUCAGGGGGAUGACUCCCACCCUUUGAAGGGCUCUUUAUCCACCUCAAAAGCUGAAGGUGACGAUUCAGCGUAUGUUCCACAAAACACCAUGGCUUUCGAAAACGAGCCAGUUUAUUUAUUUACAUCUCUUGCCGGAGGGUUCCAGGUGGCUUCCCGUACCAAUAGGUUGCAAACUAUAUUAGCUGCUAAUCAAGUCGCUUUCCAAAUGAGAGAUCUUGGCACAGACGAGGAGGCUCGCAAAGUUUGGAAGCGUUAUUCCUCUGGCAAGUCUCUUCCGGGAAUCGUCCGCGGUAAGGACGAUUUUAUUGGCAACUGGGAAGACAUAGAAGAAGCCAAUGAGAACUACGAAGUGCGCAGUUUAAUCUACGAAACUGUCUAG